AUGUCAGACCCAACCGAUGGAUCAGCCAUUACGCCUGGCGUGAAAAAACAAGCAAGACGUUUUGCUCCUGUAAAAAGAGGAGGUAAAUCACCAGCUGCUCUUAGACGUGAAGCAGCAGCAGCAGCAACAGCAACAACAACAAGUGAAGCCAGUUCUGUUGAAGGAUCUAUGACGAAUGCAUCUGCUGAAUCAACGGGUGACGAUCAUCCUAAAUCAACAUCGAUCGGCACAAUUCGACCUCAAGGCGUAGGGUCAGGUCGCUUACAAAGCGUUAAUGAUGGACAAAAAGCAAAAAGCAGUUCUACGAAGAUGAAAUUUAAACCUACAGUCCCUUUAAAAAGAAAUAAAAAAGAAGUAUCAUCUUCGGCUAUUGAUGAAGCACUUAAUAAACCAGCUAACCGUGGAUUUGGUGAACGAGGUGGACAUAGUGGUGGACGCGGCGGACGCGGCGGACGUGGCGGACGAGGAAGAGGACGAGGAAGAGGAUUGAUUAUUGUUGAUGAUUCAACUGCUUCUGGUAUUUUUUCAUUAGGUCCAGCACUUGUUUCAAGAAGUCGAGCAGGAUAUAGUGGUGGUGGUGGUGGUGGCGGCUUUGCUACCUAUGGUGGAGAUGUAGGCAAUAGAGCAGAAGGAGAAAACAGCAAUUCAGAUAUGGUCGAGAUGUUUACAGCCAGUUUAGGGAAUGAUACACCUGUGACAUUCAAGCAUAUAUCUCGACUUGAAGGUGAUAUAGAUCCUGUCACUUUAGAGCAAAAAACAGGCAAAAUUCCUUGGAUGUCAGUCAAGACAACAAAUAAGAAGAAAGGUGAAGAGGAGGGAGAAGAAGAAGAAAAGAAGGCUAAAGUAAAAUCAGAACCGAUGGAUAGCGAUAUAACUGAUGAUAACGAAGCAGAGAAAAAGAAAGGAUCAACAACAGAGGAUGAAGAAGAAGAUUUACCAGUUGAUUUACCUAAAGUGUACAUGGACAGUGAUGCACCAGCACAAAAUAUAUUUGCAUUAGAUCAGAAACAACGACUGGUAUGCGUUGCAGAAGAAGAGUUACUGCACUUCCAGUUACCCACUGUUCUACCUAAAUUUGAAAAGAUAGAAUCUGUAGAAGAUGUAGAAAUGAAAGACGAAGUUAAAACAGAAGCCAAUACAGAUUCUGAAAAUAAUUUACCACCAGCAGCAAAGAAAUCAUCUUUACUAUUAGAAGAAGCAAUGGCCAAUCUAGGACUAGAAGAUAUGCCAGAUGGCAAGAUUGGUAAAUUGGUUAUCUAUAAAAGUGGUAAAAUGAAGAUGCAAUUAGGUUCAAUCUUGUUGGAUGUGAAUCAAGGUAUGCAAUCUUCAUUCUUGGAAAAUGUAAUGGUAGUAGAUCAUGAAAGUGAAGAAACUAAAAAGGCCAUUGAACUGGGCCAUAUUGUACAAAAAUUUGUCUGUGCUCCUAAUAUGGAUUCACUUUUGACAGAAUAA